AUGGUUCUUCCCGCCGACCUCCGUGUAACACCGAAAUGCCGAGCACGCCGGGGAUCGAAUAAAAGACGCUCCCUCGCUACGGAAAUCAUCGCUGAUCCGCGCGCGGAUAGCAUUAGCAUUUACACGGGCUUCUGGUCGCCCGCGGGUCAUCCGUCUCGACGAAAUGAGUUGCGACGAUUUCUUUUCCGCGACCUCCGCUGCAGCGCGACGAUUUCGUGUCACGCCGGGUGUUGGUUUGCGGGUCCCGGAGUUGACGUAUUAUUCUUGCCUGAGGGGAAGAAUGUGUCUCCAGGUCCGCGCGUCGACGUUGCCCCCUUCUCACCGGCAUCACGAAUUCAAACUCCAUUGUUUUCCCGGCUGGACAGCGGAACGAAUUACACGUGCGCUUGUCCGCGCGGCUGGCAUGGCCGCCACUGUGAAACCGCCGCCACUUCUUGUUCGGAUCACCCGUGUCAGAACAACGCCACUUGUGUCAACUCGGAAGAGUUCGGCUACACGUGCCUCUGUCGCCCCGGGUUCGAGGGAUCCAACUGCGAAACGAAGUUGGACCAUUGUGCCAACAACCCCUGCAAAAAUGGUGGUACUUGCGAAGAUACUCUUUCUUCAUUCCGCUGCGUUUGUAAGCCGUUCCACGAAGGCGAGCGUUGCGAACGCAACAUUACGUCGUGCUCGUCGGCGGCGAUUUGCAUGAACGGCGGCUCUUGUCCUGGGGGCCACCGACCAUGCGUUUGCCCUGUCGGGUUCGUCGGUGCCUUGUGCCAGACCAACGUCGACGACUGCGCGAGCAACCCUUGCGCCCAGGGUGCGACAUGCGUGGACCUCGUCAACGACUACAUGUGUGACUGUCCUCCGGGGUUGACGGGAAAAGACUGCAGCGUCGACAUUGACGACUGCUCCCCGUCCCCGUGCCGAAACGGCGGGUCCUGCAAAGAUUUGUCCAAUGGAUUCACCUGCCUUUGCCCUCCUGGGUUCACUGGACCGCUCUGCAGUUUUCUUGAUCGAAGACGCGGAGUUCCUGGUCCCGAGUGGCUGGAAAGCGAGACUUUCAAAUCGUCCGCGUCCGAGGAGCACCUGAGCGGGUCUCAGGUGGCGGCGAUCGCGGCGGUGUCCGUGGCGGUCCCGGUGGUGGCGUUGUGCGCCGCAGUGGCAGUCUGUUGCCUGAAGCAGCGACGCCGGAAGGAACAAGCCCGGGCCGACGAGGAAGCUCGACGGGAGAACGAAGCCAAUGCGCGGUCCAACUGCAGUCGCGAGGCGAACAAAAAGUCGCCGGGCGGCGGCGGACCCGGCAGCUUCGGCACGUCGACCUCGUCCAACCUGCAUUUGCAGGCCAUGAUCGUCAACAACUUGGAUUACCCGACGACGUCCAAGUGCGUCAACUCGUCACUCGACAAUACGAUGGACAGUUGUGUGAUGGGGGGUGCGAGUGCCAGUGCGGCGAUGGUCGGCCGAAACAGUGUGUUGAGUGGCCCGAGCGCCGCCGAGCAGCUCUGUCUGCAAAGAACUAAAUCCUAUCCCAAGCAGCUCAACACAGACUUGUGCAGGGCGUCUGUGCUAAGUGAUAAACUCGAGGAGAAGCUGGACACGGCCUAUUCGGGCUGUCACAGGCCAUCGACUCUGAAUCGUGGUGAUUCCUCGAUCUCCAUCGACCCGUCGUCGGGCCUCUGCAGCACCAGUGAAAGCACGUUGGGCUGCAAAUCCGCCGGGGAUUCCGAUUAUUGUCAAUCGCCGAGUCCGCCGUCUGGGUCUCCGUGUGGCGGUCUGGGACCGCAGCCGUCGAGCAUGCACAACCCUGGCUCGGUGUAUGUGAUCAGCAACGAGUCCUAUGGUCGGGCACAGUUAAAUCACAGCCGUGCCAUGAUGUCGAUGCAGCAGCCGCAUUCCAGUCCGCUACGUCGAGCGGAAUACGGCAACGUCUACGCCACUGAACCCGAGAGCCUUGACGCUUCCAGCCCAAAGACUUGAUUACGCUUUUUAAGAGUGUGGUUCCACCACUGGUCAAUGUAUAAUCGUAUUGAAGGGAUCGUCGUUCGUUCGUCGCGCGCCGUGGCUCGUGUUGACACUCCAGGUCAAAAAAGGAAAUCGAAUUGGGUGUAAAUCCGGGGAGGGGGAGAGAUUUCCCCGAGUUCCUUUGCCCCAGCCCUGUUUUCAACGCGAUCCGGUCGAGUUUGAUUACGGGCGCCAUCAUUUCAGUGAGGAAUCGUCUCCUGCAUCAGGACUCUUUCACAGUAGCUAGCCUGCCUCUUGUGAUAAAUCUCCGGCUCGAUUUUUCGUUUCAUCGCUGCACUUCCCGAGGCGGGUUCCUAAUGCUUCUCACACACGUAGAGCCCUUUUCCCCUCUGACCAGUUCUCCUUUUGAGAAAAAUGGAGUGUUAGUGAUUAUGAACGAGAAAUAAUUGGAAUUGUGAUCAUUUACUUUUGUCUCGAAGAUUUUUCGAAGUUGCAUUGCCUCGACGAACGCUUCAUGUUUUCUCGGGGGAAAAAAAAAAAAAGAAUUUUGCCGAAGUCUUCGACUGUCGAUUUCACAUUGGACGGAGCUCUUCGACUAAACGCUCGCUUGCUUACUCAAAUUUCACACCAUUCGGCACAUUCCUUUCAGCAAUGUUUUGCGUUCUUCGUGCUUUUACUCUUUUCGGAGGCAAUGCAAUGUUCUCCUUGCGAGUCGUUGAUCUCUUUGUUCAUGAAUGCCCUUUGCGGGCACGGUGAUCUAAUUUUACAUUUUUGAAGUAGGGAUUAUAUUGUUGUUUGUUGAUUUUUCUUAGGCUUAUUCUGUCCUCCGUUUAUAUUUAUAUAUACAUAGUUUUUUGGUGGGAUGAGCUCUUUCUUAGUUGCGUCUUCUCGAUCAGUUUUGUUCAGACAUCGAAAACUGCUAUAUUUGUGGUUGACGUUGUAGCAGCGCGUUGUUAAAUUGCGAAACAAGUCUCCAUCUAUUUUUGUUUUCUCUCGAGAUGAAGCACUGAUGUCGAACAUUGAGCAUCGCGUCUCAAUUUGAAUAGUUACCAUGCCUGGUUCAGACAUCGUUCUGGUGCUUGAGUUCUUGUUCGCCACUGAGAGAGGGUUCGCUGCUUUCGUUGGGGGAUUAGGAAACUUUACCCCUUUCUUGCUCGUCCAGUAAAAGUGAGCUUUCAGCAUGUUUCCACUCCUGGUUUGUUCUUUCAUCUCGUCGUCAUUUGCGCGUGAAAGAGGCCGAAUCACAGCCGUCGUUUAACUGAAAGGAGUUAUGACAAUGGUGGUGUUCAUCCUAUCAGUUAAGUGUUACGCGUUUGAAGAACAGCGCGUGUCUUGAAAAAGUUGAGAUUUUUUGUACAUGUGUUAAUUCUUUGAUUCGGCCGGAGAGUAAUUUUGGAGAGAACUGAUCACGCAUGGCAUGAUGUAUUUGAGGACAAGUCAACUCUGUGUUCUUUCAAAUGAAUAAAGCUGAAAAUUGUGACAAAAAAA